AUGUCUGUCAUCCAGGUCGAGGACCUGGUCUCGUACCAGCUGCGCUCCAGCUAUCUUACACAAGUCGCCGAUGGAGUGGGAGAGCGACUCAUCACCCUGAACGAGAACUUUCUCAACUCGGCCUCCUUCAAAGCUGCAGGAUGGCGCCCCAAUCCCUCCCUGAUCAAGCGCACCCAUUCGCCCCCGAUCCCUACUGCUGUCGCAUCCGAAUACUUCCAGGCCCCACGCCAUGUUGGCGUUAACCUCGAGGACGAGCCCGAAGAAGGUGGCAUGCUCACGGCAGGUGGCAACGACACCCUUGGCCCCGGAAUCGCAACCAAGCGGAGGCGGCGACGCGAGCAGAUGGAAGAAGAGGACAGCAGCGAUCUGAGUGACGAGAGCGACGAUGAAUCAGAACAACGAGCAGCUCAGCAGAUCAAGUUCGCAAAAAUGCCCGUGCGACACCGCUCCGGCUCCUCUCCGAUACAAUCAUCCAGCUUGCGCCAGGCAACCUCGGCCAGUUCCCCCCGUCCUCCCCCGCGCAGAGGCUCGCAGUCUGCCCUGGAGACGGUCAAGGAAAGAGCAAGGCGAGACACUGUCACGAGCAGCGAGGUUUCUUCGGACAACGAGCUCGAUGUCUCUGGCUACCAGAAGCAGAGGGAGGCUGCCAGGGCUGCCGCGAAGACGGUGAGGAUCCAGACAAAUCUCAACAGGUCGGAGCCGUCGCUGGGGCUAGGGGUCAAGAGGCAAGAGAGCGACCUUCUUGAGGAGGAAGAGGAGGAUUCGGAUGCCUCGGACAUGUCGUCGGCCUUCAACGAGAGCCUCGAAUCGGCAUCGAUCCUCGCUGGAGACAUCGAGAAACAGCUCGCGAACAUGUCGCCAUCUCGCCAGCUUGUCGGAACUCCGCCGCGCGAUUUCAAGAGGCAAUCAACUAUCAGAAAAUCUAUGCCGCCCCCGCCGCCUGUUGUCGGCGGUGUUUUGCCUCCACGAAGGCCAACGAGCACCAUCAGGCCUAUCAGCAUGAUCCAGCCCAAGAGCCUGAUAUCCGAGGCUCUGAACGUUAAGAAGACCAAACCAGCCGCCCCCUUUGAGAGCUUUGCCACCCUUUCUGGCAAGGGCGAGGCCAGCCCGCUCAUGAUCCGGAUCUAUGCCCCGUUCUCCAAGAAUCCCUCCAAGCCUUACGAAGUUUUGAUACGCCGAAACGUGCGCGAGGAUAAUGCCGGCGAACGCCCUGUCAAUGUGGCAGACCUCAUCGGCCUCGCUUUGUGGCGGUACAAUGAGGAGUCAUUCGAACCAUCACUUCCGGGAGACAAGCUCAACGUGAACUGGUGGACGCUCAAGAUGGUGGAAGAGGGGGGUGAGGUCGAUGAUGACUUCCCCCCAUUUGAUCGCACAAAACCAGUCGUCUCGUUUGCCACUGCAGCGAACAACAAGAACGAAGGGAUGCGGCCCACGGCUGUCAUGCCCAGGUUCGGCAGAGGCCGCUCAAACACAAAGAUCCAUGAUGACUUCGCCCUCGUGCAGGCCACGGCGGAAGAAUUCGAGUCGAACAAGACCCAAACUCCGCAAUUCACCGAAGAGUCCGUCGCCGAAGAUACGAGCCCGGAAGACACCUUGCACAACACCCCGCAGCCGAGCACGUCGGUAUUGGCGGCGGCGUCGGCUAGACCGAUGACUGGUCGACUCAACCCAGUCCUAACCACGACCUACCGCCCCGACGCCAACAUGCUUGACGCCCCGCGGCCGCAGGUAUCUACGAGCAAUACACAGAGGGGACAGCACAAAUUCCUGCGAAUCCAUGUCAUGACCCCAGACGCGCCCUCUGGCCAGAUAAUCACUCUUGAUGUCACGACAGACAUGUAUAUCGAGGAGGUACUUGAGCUUGUUUGCCGAAAGCGCAACCUGGACAAGAACUUUCAUAUCCUCAAGAUCCCCAAUUCUGGUGCCAUCGCCCUCUUGGAUCGGCCCGUGUCGGCAAUUGGCACGAUGCAAGACCUGGAGCUGCACAGACGUCGCUUCGGCGACCCCACACUGAGCCAGUCUCCUGUAAGUCACUCACCAGGCGGUCGCCUAUUGUUCUCGGAGUUGGGCGGUAAGAAGAGCUCCAAGACGAAAGGAGUGCCGCACCCACUUGCCAAAGAGGCGCUCGCCCAGGAGGAGCUCAGCAGGAACAAUAACUUCCGCCGCUAUGUUGUGUACCGCAAGCAAACCAUGCGUUUCGCGGGGCUGAACGAGAGACUUUUCGCCAUCGAAGGCGAGUAUGUGCAUGUCACGCCAUCCUCAGGUGGCAAGCCGCUGGCAGACAGCAGCAGUAAGACCACAACAGUGCAUUUCAUCCAUGUUGUUGGUUGCAACUUGUCAAGGAGACAUCCGUCGCAAUUCAAGUUCGUUAUACUCCGUGAUGGCGAGCAAAAACGAUACGAUUUCGAGACCAAGAGCGCGGAUGAAGCCAAUGAGAUCGUCACGGCGAUCAAGCAGGGAAUGUCUUUGAACCAGUGA